UCCUGAGAGGGUUGGCCGCAGGCGCAGUAUGCCGGGCAGCGCUCUGGACAAGUGCCCCUCCAUAGAACCAUCCACCUCCACCCCCUUCAAAGUCACGGGCUUCCUGAGUCGCAGACUGAAGGGUUCCAUCAAACGCACCAAGAGCCAACCCAAGCUGGACCGCAACAGCAGCUUCAGAAACAUCCUGCCGGGCUUCAAAACCGCGGACAAUGACAGAUCCCAUCUAAUGCCUAGGCUGAAGGAAUCACGGUCUCAUGAGUCGUUGUUCAGCCCCAGCAGUGCAGUAGAAGCUUUGGAUCUCAGCAUGGAGGACGAGGUGUUGAUCAAACCGGUACACAGCAGCAUCCUGGGCCAGGACUACUGCUUCGAGGUAACCACUUCCACUGGAACAAAAUGCUUUUCGUGUCGGUCAUCCGCCGAGAGGGACAAAUGGAUGGAGAACUUAAGGAGAGCUGUAAAUCCAAACAAGGACAACAGUCGGCGUGUGGAGAACCUGCUGAAAUUGUGGAUUAUUGAGGCCAAGGACCUUCCAGCCAAGAAAAGGUACUUCUGUGAGUUGUGUCUGGACGACACGCUUUACGCACGGACUACCUGCAAACUCAAGACAGACAAUGUGUUCUGGGGAGAGCACUUUGAGUUCAACAACUUACCCGCCAUCAAAAGUGUCACCGUCCACCUGUACAAGGAGACUGAUAAAAAGAAAAAGAAGGACAAGAACAGCUAUGUGGGCCUGGUCGUCAUUCCCACCGGCGCCGUCAUGGGACGCCAGUUCGUGGAGAAGUGGUACUCUGUGAGCACGCCCAACCCGAGCAAAGGGAAAACUCCCGGACCUAUGAUUCGGCUCAAGUCGCGGUACCAGAGCAUGAGCAUCCUGCCUAUGGAGUCCUAUAAGGAGUUUGCGGAGUACAUUACCAAUAACUACAUGCUGAUGUGCUCCAUCAUGGAGCCUGGCCUCAGUGUGAAGAACAAGGAGGAGAUGGCCAGUGCCCUGGUGCACAUCCUACAGAGCACCGGCAAGGCUAAGGACUUCCUGACGGACCUGAUGAUGUCAGAAGUGGAUCGCUGUGGGGAGAACGAACACCUGAUCUUCAGGGAGAACACGCUGGCCACCAAAGCCAUCGAGGAGUACCUCAAACUGGUGGGGCAGAAGUACCUGCAGGACGCACUAGGCGAGUUCAUCAAAGCCCUGUACGAAUCAGACGAGAACUGUGAGGUGGACCCGGGGAAGUGUUCCUCGGGAGACCUCCCUGAGCACCAGAGCAACCUGAAGAUGUGCUGUGAGCUGGCCUUCUGCAAGAUCAUCGACUCCUACCGUGUUUUUCCACGGGAGCUGAAAGAGGUGUUUGCCUCGUGGAGGCAGGAGUGCAGCAGUCGGGGCCGGCCGGACAUCAGCGAGCGGCUUAUCAGCGCCUCCCUGUUCCUGCGCUUCCUGUGUCCGGCCGUCAUGUCCCCGUCGCUUUUCAACCUGAUGCAGGAGUACCCAGACGACCGCACCGCGCGAACCCUCACCCUCAUCGCGAAGGUCACACAGAACCUCGCCAACUUCACCAAGUUUGGUAACAAGGAGGAGUACAUGUCCUUUAUGAACCACUUCCUGGAGCACGAGUGGACCAACAUGCAGCGCUUCCUGCUGGAGAUCUCCAACCCAGAGACCAUCUCCAACACGGCAGGGUUCGAGGGUUACAUCGACCUGGGCCGCGAGCUCUCCACCCUGCACUCCCUGCUGGCCGAGGCAGUCUCUCAGCUGGACCAGAGCACAGCCUCUAAGCUGGGUCCACUGGCACGUAUCCUGCGGGACGUGAACUCAGCACUGACCAACCCGUCUGGGGUCCAGGUGUCUACCCCCACAGAGCGUAUGGGCUCCCCCCCCCUUCCCCUCCCCCUGGCAGGCUGCAGCCUCUCCACCGGCCUGCCUAUCCACAAGAUGGUCAUGGACAGCGAGCUUUCUGGGUUGGUUGAUUUUACGAGGCUACCGUCGCCAACACCAGAGAACAAGGACCUAUUCUUUGUGACGAGGAACUCUGGCAUCCAGCAGUCUCCAGCCAGAAGCUCCAGCUACUCGGAGGCCAAUGAGGCUGAGGUGCAGCUCCCCAACGGCAGCAAGAGUCUAUCAAUGGUGGACCUGCAAGAUAGCCGCAGCCCGGAGAGUACCCCUGUCCCCCGCCCUGCCUCCCCCAGCGACAUGCUCCUCAAUGAAUGCCAGUCCCCCGUCGCCCCUGGGCCGGGGGGCUGGGCCGCCCGCACCCCUCAGGGCAUUAUCCCCGGACCCACCCUCAGGAGAAUGGUUCAGACCCCCACCAACCCUAGCACAGAGAGCAGCACCCUAGCUCCAGGGAGGCCCUCCCAGCUCCUGGCCCCGCUUUCAUUCCAGAACCCCGUUUACCAGAUGGCCACGGGCAUGACCAUGUCCCCGCGGGGUCCCCUGGCCGAUUCAGGCUCCGAGGGCCACAGCUCUCACAGCUCUCAGGGCAACAACACAGAGGAUGCCCCCAAGCACCAGGGCGUAUUCCUCACCCAGGGGGUUGCAGUCGGGAGCGGGGGAGGCAGCAGCAGUGAGGAGUUUGCGCGGCGCUCAGGGGAGUUCACGACCCGCCGCCAGCUGUCCCUCAUGGAACCCCCGAGGCAGAACAGCUCCGGUCCCCAGCGCAGGAUAGACCAGCCCCCUCCGCCCGUCACCAGGGGCAGGACGCCGCCACACAUGCUCCAGACGGCCUACCCUGGGCCGCGGCCCUCCAGCGGCAGCAUGAUGUCAUCAUCUCCCGACUGGGGGCCCAGUGGCGGCACCCGGUUGAGACAGCAGUCGUCCUCAUCCAAAGGGGACAGUCCUGAGACCAAGCAGCACACCCUGCAUAAAGCCCCCUCCCCUGUGAACCCCAAUGCUCUGGACCGAACUGCUGCCUGGCUGUUGAAUAUGAAUGUGCAGUAUUUAGACCACGAGGGAGUUGACCCAGAUACCAAGCACAGGGAAGACCUUCGAAGCAAAGAGGAGCUCACUCAAACCGAAAAGUACCAGCAGGAGAUCGCCAUCCUGCAGGACAAGCUGCGUCUGUCAGCCAAGAAGCUGGAGGAGUAUGAGUGUCACCUGAAGGGCCAGGACGAGCAGACCCAGACGAUGCUGCUGGAGUACCAGGCCCGCCUGGAGGACACAGAGGAGCGCCUGCGCCGGCAGCAGGACGACAAGGAGCUCCAGAUGAAGAGCAUCAUCACCAGGCUGAUGUCUGUUGAGGAGGAACUGAAGAAAGAUCAUUCGGAUAUGCAAUCGAUAGUGGACUCAAAACAGAAGAUCAUUGAAGCCCAGGAGAAACGCAUCGCCUCUCUGGACUCGGCCAACACCCGCCUGAUGAGCGCUCUGACCCAGCUGAAGGAGCGCUACAGCAUGCAGACGCGCAACGGCAUCUCCCCCACCAACCCCAGCAAACUCCAGAUCACUGAGAACGGAGAGUUCAGGAACAGCAGCAACUGCUAGGGACGGGGGAGAGGGCCUCGCCAAUAACCUCGCCCAACUCAAUAACACUUUGGACUAGGGGAGAGACGAGAAUAUGGCCACACCCAGUCACUCUCUGGAGAAACAUGUUCAUACUGAACAAAUCCAUUAUUUUCAAUGGAUGAGGUCAUGAUGACAUGAGGAGUAGACUGACUGAAGCUGUUGCUGAACAACAUAAAGGAAUGAAUCAGAUUGACUUUAGAGGAAGUUAUAACGACACCUGGCUGCAUGACAUCCCCAAACUCUAUCCCCGUACAUGAAACAACAUUGUAACAUAUAAGAUGGGAAUAGGUUGCAAUGUUAUCUUGGGAAAGAGCCCGUUUUGAAGUGAUUUGAACCAUUUAUAAGCUUCCGAAUGUUUCCAAAUUUCUCACGUCCGCGUUUGCGUAUAAAUUUCAGUCACCGCGUUGAAAUAGCACCGGUUGCUAAAAGAGGACGCUCCUUUAUGGAUCCUACACAUUUUUAGAGCUUGUCCCUCUGACCUACAGUAUACAGUACUAACUUACUCAUCCCGUUUCUUCUGGCAACAGUACACCACACGUGUAUACAGUGGGGCAAAAAAAAGUAUUUAGUCAGCCACCAAUUGUGCAAGUUCUCCCACUUAAAAAGAUAAGAGAGGCCUGUAAUUUUCAUCAUAGGUACACUUCAACUAUGACAGACAUAAUGAGGAAAAAAAAUCCAGAAAAUCACAUUGUAGGAUUUGUAAUGAUUUUAUUUGCAAAUUAUGGUGGAAAAUAAGUAUUUGGUCACCUACAAACAAGCAAGAUUUCUGGCUCUCACAGACCUGUAACUUCUUCUUUAAGAGGCUCCUCUGUCCUCCACUCGUUACCUGUAUUAAUGGCACCUGUUUGAACUUGUUAUCAGUAUAAAAGACACCUGUCCACAACCUCAAACAGUCACACUCCAAACUCCACUAUGGCCAAGACCAAAGAGCUGUCAAAGGACACCAGAAACAAAAUUGUAGACCUGCACCAGGCUGGGAAGACUGAAUCUGCAAUAGGUAAGCAGCUUGGUUUGAAGAAAUCAACUGUGGGAGCAAUUAUUAGGAAAUGGAAGACAUACAAGACCACUGAUAAUCUCCCUCGAUCUGGGGCUCCAUGCAAGAUCUCACCAUGUGGUGAGAACGGUGAGCAGAAAUCCCAGAACCACACGGGGGGACCUAGUGAAUGACCUGCAGAGAGCUGGGACCAAAGUAACAAAGCCUACCAUCAGUAACACACUACGCCGCCAGGGACUCAAAUCCUGCAGUGCCAGACGUGUACCCCUGCUUAAGCCAGUACAUGUCCAGGCCCGUCUGAAGUUUGCUAGAGAGCAUUUGGAUGAUCCAGAAGAAGAUUGGGAGCAUGUCAUAUGGUCAGAUGAAACAAAAAUAUAACUUUUGGUAAAAACUCAACUCGUUGUGUUUGGAGGACAAAGAAUGCUGAGUUGCAUCCAAAGAACACCAUACCUACUGUGAAGCAUGGGGGUGGAAACAUCAUGCUUUGGGGCUGUUUUUCUGCAAAGGGACCAGGACGACUGAUCCGUGUAAACGAAAGAAUGAAUGGGGCCAUGUAUCGUGAGAUUUGGAGUGAAAACCUCCUUCCAUCAGCAAGGGCAUUGAAGAUGAAACGUGGCUGGGUCUUUCAGCAUGACAAUGAUCCCAAACACACUGCCCGGGCAACGAAGGAGUGGCUUCGUAAGAAGCAUUUCAAGGUCCUGGAGUGGCCUAGCCAGUCUCCAGAUCUCAACCCCAUAGAAAAUCUUUGGAGGGAGUUGAAAGUCCGUGUUGCCCAGCAACAGCCCCAAAACAUCACUGCUCUAGAGGAGAUCUGCAUGGAGGAAUGGGCCAAAAUACCAGCAACAGUGUGUGAAAACCUUGUGAAGACUUACAGAAAACGUUUGACCUCUGUCAUUGCCAACAAAGGGUAUAUAACAAAGUAUUGAGAAACUUUUGUUAUUGACCAAAUACUUAUUUUCCACCAUAAUUUGCAAAUAAAUUCAUUUAAAAUCCUACAAUGUGAUUUUCUGGAAUUUUAUUUAUCAUUUUGUCUGUCAUAGUUGAAGUGUACCUAUGAUGAAAAUUACAGGCCUCUCUCAUCUUUUUAAGUGGGAGAACUUGCACAAUUGGUGGCUGACUAAAUACUUUCUUGCCCCACUGUAUAUAUAGUACACUGUAGCAUCAAUCUUCGAUUUUACUCAAUGGCUGUUUUCUACCCCACUGUUUUUGUUUCAAACUUCAAUAGCAUACAUACAGUAUAUGUUGCCAAGUGAACAACUCUCUAUCGGUGAAAGCCGCCUCUGUUGACCAGCUUUGAAAAACAGAGCUUUGCUGAAAACACAUCCCAACAGCAAGUGUUUCUGUAUUCUACCUGUAUAUUUGACCUUCUUUUCUUACCUCAAAUGAAUUUUUUGCAUGUAUCAUAUCAGGACUACAGUAGCACAACAAGCUCGCUUUGUUUUCAAUUGCUAAUAGUAAGGAAAGAGCUCAACUAUUUCAUUUUUUGCAUACUUUGUAUGUGCUUAAAUAUUAGUCUAUUUAGAGGUUUAAAUGCCUCAGAUGUAUAUAAAUGUUCACAGUAUUUUUAUUGAUUGUUUGGAAUAGUAUUUGUACAGUAAGUGUUCCUUGUUAAACUCGACUGUACUAAUAUUACAAUUUUAAGAGGUUCUGACUAAUUUUGGUUCUCCUUCAGUAGAAAUUUCACAUCACUUGAGCCAUUAUUCCCUUUUCAUAGGUGGGUAUUCUUUGUUAGAAAUGUACCAUUUAUUGAUGCUGUUAAAUUAAUGAUAUUGAUGAACAUAGUUUACUGUGUAUUUAAAUGGUUGUGUGUGGGCCAGUCCUAUAUUAGUUUGCAGUUUGUCCGUGCUGAAUAGAAUAGGACUGAACUCAAAUACCUGGCCACUCCUCUACCUUUGCACUUCUGGAACUUAGCUAAGGACCCUACAAUAUGCACUUUCAACCAACAGAAACACUCAUUUAGAAUACCUUCUAUCCAAAGUAAAGAACAAAACAUCCAUUUUGGGGGUUAUAGGCUAUAACUGAGGUAUAAACCAGAUUCAUUGAUAGUUUCAAUUCCCUCUUGCGUUGAUUAAGGGCUCGAUUCAAUCCGUACCGCGGCUGUUCAGCGCUAUAGCGCGAUUUCAAUUUAAAGGCAAUGUUCCGGCGUUCACGGAGUCUGCAUUCUUGGUAAAGAAUGCAAAUGUCGGCUCAAUCGGAAAUUGCCUUUACAUUUCAAUUGUGCUAUAGCGCUGAACUAUCGUGAUUCAGGUUUAAUCAAACCGUAAAGCUAUAAAAAUGGAGUGGACUCAAACGCUUUUUGUGUAGUCUUAUUGAAGUUGCAGGUAGCUAAUUUUAGCAACCAUCAAAGGUGGUCUCAAUUCAAUUCUCAAUUCUGACUUCUGCAAAUUCUCCUCUGAAAACACUAGCGGUCUGCUUUCAUGAAGUUAGAGGCACUUCAAACAGUUUCUUGGUGACAUGAAUCACUGUGUCUGGUCUGGAAAUUGUUUAGCUUAAACAGAAUGAUCAUUUUUAAAGUAUGUUCUGUUCUUCAAAAUGUUAAAAGUGAUGUAAAAUUGUAUGGUAUGCUCUAAAUUAUGUUUGUUUAUAUCAGUUCCUUAUUUAUUGAAUUUCUAUGUUUUUUGAUUUAAUAAAAUGCCCUCAUGAUGUAUUGUUUUGAAGGUGCAGGUAUAAAGAGUAUGCAUUCUGUGCUCCUGUUUCCCUCAAGUGGUCUUACUGUACCCAACCUGCUCAGACAAGAGAAAAUGUCUUUAGAGGGUUUCAAUUGAUUUUCUCUUUCAAAGCCAAUGGUGCAUCUGUCCCGCUAUGAUAUUUUAUUGAAAGGAAAUAGUAUAUACUGCACCAGAAACCACAGAUCAAUUCACAAUAUUGUGCAGCUUCAUGGUCUCCCAGUUCUUUUAGGGAGGUUUUUCAACCAUUUUGCAAGAAGAGAGACUUACCAAAACUAUUCUCUUUUCCUUGCUCUAUAUAAUACUGAACAAUAUUUUGCCGUGUUGUUACUGCAAACUCAUAACUUUUGUAUGAAUGUUAAAAUAAUAAUUUGAUUUGUGUAAAUGGUAACAAGAAUAGGUCUACUAAAGUAUAUGUAAUUUAUGUACAAAUGCAACGAGACUUAUUAAAGAUUUAUUUCGCUAUUUUAA